AUGGAGAACGGACGAAAUAUUCGCAACAAUGCAAACAUCACCACAGAGAAUACAGGAACAAUUAUAUCUAACCCCAUUGCUGACACAAUCUGUCAAGAAGAAUUGGGCGGGAAGCCAGCAGAAAUCCCUCCCACAGAAGUGACAGAGAAAAAACCAAUAAAGACUCGGAUUGUAGGAUUUUCUCUGAUGGUAUUGACGAGUGUAACAGCUACAACUCAAGGGUCCAUCGUGAAAUACGUCAACGCUCUUCCAACCGGAAUGAUACUCCUGCCUGUUGCUAUCUACAUGUUCUGUUUCUUCUGUACUAUAGUCACCUACAUGGGCGUGUCUAUAACUGAUUUUCCCAUGAAAAAAUGGGUUGCAGUCAGGGUGGCUUUUGGUUCCGUCGCUUACUUAUGCAAGGUCUGGAGUUUCCAGUUCUUGCCGUUAGGUGAUGCCAGUGCUUUGGUAUUUACCUCUCCCCUCUUCACCUGCCUGAUAGCUCGGAUCUUUCUCAAAGAGAGGAUAACUCCAGUUACAAUAUUCGCUCUAUUUACAGGACUUACUGGAGUUGUACUCAUUGCUAAACCUUCCUUUAUCUUCAACACAGAGUCCCAGGAAUUCCCCUGGUACUACACCUUAGUACCUCUUCUUUCAUCAUUCACCCUAGCUGUAGUCUACGUCAUCCAGCGUAAAAUAGCAGGGAAAGUGAAUCCUCUAACUAUCUCGUUUUACAUUGCAGUCGCCCAGCUCUUCACAGGAGUUGGAUGGCAGGUAGCUUCGGGUGAUGAAUACACACUUCCCCUCUGUUACACCCCCAGAAUACUCCUAGUUAUUUGUAGCAUCUGUCUUCCAAUUGUCUGGGUUGCCAUGAACUUGGCGUUGAAGUAUGAAAGCGCGGCUUCUGCGUCACUUGUCAGGAACUUGGACACUGCACUUGCGUUCUUCAUACAGAUUGUGUUGUUCGGGAAUUCAGCGGAGACGUUGUCCUUGAUAGGAGCUGUGCUUAUUAUGUCGGGAACUAUAAUCAUUGCUCUUUCUAAAAUAUUCAAUAUCACCUGUGGUUUCAAGUUGUAAUUUUAGGUCGAUCAGAAAAAUUGCAGAAUGUUCUGUGUGUGUUGAAGUGGAACUAGUUUCACUUUCACGAUG